GCUGUCUGCUACUUAGCCUGCCCCACAGGCAGCCUGCUGUGCCUUCAGAGGAAUUAUUGCCAGAGGGCGACUCAGCCAACACCAAGCCCAGCACCAUCAUGCCUGGCCCGACAACAGGGAAGAAGCUGGAUCUUUCCAAGCUCACAGAUGAGGAGGCCAAGCAUGUGCUGGAAGUUGUCCAGCGAGACUUUGACUUGCGUAAAAAGGAGGAAGACAGACUUGGGGAGCUGAAGACCAAGAUUAAGAAGGAAGACAUCAAGAGAGAGUUGUUAGGUCACCAGUCCAGCCUCACCGAGUCCUAUUGUAUUCGCUGCCUCCAGCCCUUCAAGUUCCUGGUCAACAGUAAGCGUCAAUGCCUUGACUGCCACUCGUACAUCUGCAAGUCCUGCUGUCGCUACAACAAGAAGGAGCAAGGUUCUGUGUGUGAUUCCUGUCACAUGGCCAGGGUCCUCAAAAUUGGCACACUAGAGUGGUAUCAUGAAAAUGUCCGUGCCCGCUUCAAGCGCUUUGGCAGCGCCAAGGUGAUGCGAUCGCUCUUCAAGAGGCUGGGUGAUGAACACAGUUGCUCUCAAAGUGACUUUGGAGCAGAUAGAUAUGAGGAACACUGUAUGGAUGCAACAACUUCACAACUCUACAAAGAGAGGAAAAAGGCCAAAAGGCGACUAAGUGUUGACCCCAUUGAUUUUGAAGUUGGCUGGGACUACCCCGAUUCAAGAGGAGGGUCAUAUCAGCCCCAAGACUCCCAUGACAUCAUGAUGAUGGGUGCUGAGAGGGAGUCGAUGCUCGCUGAAGCUGCCAUGGCCUCAGUUUUCCACCAGAUUACACAGGAGCAACACACAGAUGAUCUUGUGUACACAGACAACCCAACCAUCCCGUCUCGCUCAGUCUCCCAGCUCAGCCACUCCUCCUGUGGCAGUGGGAGUGCAGGGGCUCCCCGGGGCAGCAGCAGCUAUCUGCCUGGCCUUGAUGACACGGAGGAGGAAGAGGAGGACGGUGACCACUGCCAGCAUUACCUGUUCUACCACUCUCACCUGGGCCCCUCCAACCACACUUCUCAGGAGAGCCUGAACUCAGCCAACCCCGCACCUCAGAUCACUAACCUGAACAGACACAUAUCAACCAUUGAGACCUCGUUGAACCACACAGAACAGAAUGUCGCCUCAACAUAUGAUCAGGCCUCUUCAACUCCAAACAGCGACUCUCCUCUUCCUCAGAGUGAAGGCGUGGACCUGGAGGAGCAGCAGCUCAGACAGAAGCUGCGUGAAAUGACCAACAACAUAAGUGACCACAGCCUAAGCUCAGAUGAGGACGAGCCCAAAAGGCCUCAUUCCUCACAUGAGAUCACAGCAUGGAGGAGCCUCGAUGGGGAUGUCCGACCUUCCAGAAUCCCAACCAGACCUACAUCCAGAACAAGCAUCGUGGACUUCAGAGUGGGGGAGCAGCCUCAACAGAAUGACUCUCAGAAGAUUAACCAUAUGACGGAGAACGUGGAGAGGAAGUUGCACCACCGAGAGGAGUCAAACUUCAGAGGCUCGACAGCUUUACUUGUCAAACUAGAGGACCAGGUAGCUCAAGCAGCUGCUAACGUCCAGAACGCCCUGAGCGAGGUGUCUUACAUAGAGAACAGGAUUGCUGCUCUGAAUGCUUCUGGUGUGCCUGUGGACAGAAGGAGAAAGUCUGCGAUCCCGAUCCAACCACAGAGACUUUCCCACAUCAACACAAACCAGGUGGACAGAUUUGUGAGGAACUCCCACUACAGGGGCUCCCUGACACAGAGGAACCCUGUGAACAAGCCCAAGACCAGGGCGGCCUGUGCGAAACCACUUAUGACGCAAGGCUCAUGAGGAGGAGACUGAGUCUUAUGUGACCAAACACUUUUUGUCAUCAGUUUUUUGUGAGUUUGACGUUCCACUGAAUAAAUUGAGGUGUGUGUCACUUACUUAUUUCAGAGAUUGUCUCCUGGAGUGGGAUUGUGUCAAACUCUAUUAAAUACUAUGCCCUUUUGAUAUUAACAAACAUAACAUGGUAUGCUGUUGUAUUUAUAGCAUAUGAUUAAAGUGUAUGUUCAGGUUUUUUGAAGUGUGGUUAUACGUGAUACUGACUUAUUGUUAACAGUGGCUGCACUGUUAUGCACGCUCUCAAUGAAAGCAUGGCUCCAAUAGCAGGGCCUUAAUGAAAACCUGAUUUUAGCCCCUUAACAAAGGGCUCAACAAUAAAAUCUCCACCUGCUUAAAUCUACAAUAUGUAAAGGUUAUGUUAGUCACUUCAUCUCAUCAUUACACAACUGCACAACUUAAGUUUGUGCUGCUUUGCAUAUCGCUCCCUCUCAGCACCAUAGUCAAGAGAGAAAAUUAGCGAUUUCACAUCACAUGACACCAGGAGUUGUUGAUCUUCUGCUGUCUGGAUCGUUAUUUUGUGACUUGAGUGUUUCAAAUCUUUUAUUCAGAUUAACCAAUGUGACACAAACUUGCCAAAUGAGGAUGAAAUAAAUGUAAGAGGGCAUACAUUUAAAGUAGCUAAAAUCUCUUCUUUUUUUCACUUCUCCACUGGCAGCCAUGCUAUCAUUGAACACAGUGCCUAACCUGAACUAUCCCUUUACAUGAUAUGCAUUAACAUUGCUAGGUUCAUUCAUCUUAUAUAUAUACCUUUGAUUUAAACUCAUGUAAAUUGUUGUGCUGCAAAGGUAUUCACAUUACAUUUCUCACUAUAAUCUGACAUCGGCUUCCAUGCGGCCCCUCUCAGCUUUUUCUUUUCUGUCUCUUGACAUUGUGAGUCUCAAAUCAAGGCAAUCAGGAAUUAAUUAUGUUAAAUAAGAAUACAGUGAUAUGUUUUGUUUUGUGGCAUGAUAUCAUUUUGAUUUAUAACAAGACAUUCAAAGAAACCUCUUUUUUUUUUUACAUCAGAAUUAUUACUGAUUAUUGUGGCGUAUACUGAACUUGCAUUGUUGUCACUUAAGUAAAAUUGUUUUUCUCUUGUAUUACCAUAACACAAUGUACAAAAGUAACUUCUGAUCAUUUUUCUUAGUAUUGUCUCAAUGAAUCAACAGUAGUUGUCUCUCAGAUGCAUAUGAGGAAAUGUCUAAUUUUCUAUUUUUCCUACAUUUGUUUACUCAAUCAUUUGUAGUAGGUGUGUGUGUAGGUGACAAAUUGAAGGAAAGUGGUGAAUGAGAUGAGGAUGACGUCGCUAUCAUGUACUUGAGGCUUUUCCUAGAAUUAGCCGCCCUUGUGUCGAUUUAAAAUCAUUGUGUUAAACUUCACAGAAAGUGACACUUCUGGAGCUCAGAGAGAAACGACUCACUCUGAAGCCAACACUGAGCUGCUUAAUCUAAACCACUGUUAAGUCCAGACCUGUCUUUCAUUAAAUUUCUAAAUAUAAAUAUGCAAUCAAUUGUUUUGUCUUUUAGUAAAUUACGUACAAAUUUUUUUUAGCCUUUGACGUUACAGCUGCAACUUCAAAGAGCCAGCAGUUCUCCAGGCAGUGCAACUGUUCUGCCUUUGUUCCUUCGUGUUGUAGCACAUGUGCAUUAUCACACCAUGUCCUUAAUAAAUCACUUGCCUGUU